GCAAAGCCGGAAAUGAUUGGUGACGCUUCUUCCUCUGUGUAUGACGCUUGUGGCGGAGUGAGCAGCUCGGUGUGAACCACAGUCAACUUCCCUCGGACUAGAAUCACAGACUCGGUUACAGACAGAAGAAACCGCUGCCACUUCAGACCGGACGUGUGUUCACGGGUUCAGGUGUGGAUUAACACCAGUGUGGGACUGAGUUUAACCCGGGAUUAACGAGAAGAAAAGGCCACCAGUCAGUGCUGCGGCAGCACCUGUCCACCAGGUGGCGCCAUACAUCUCUGCAAUUGUGAUCUUCCGUGGAGAGGCUCGUGAUGAUUAUUGGCUGUCUGUGAACUAAACAAUGAUGACAGGUGAUGACGUCAGUGGUGUCGUGUGACAGGCGAUGAUUGACUGUUUGGAGGUCAUGGUUGUUAACAAUGAACCCUGUGCGCAAAAGACUCAAACUCAGUCCCGUCCUGACCCCCGCCCACGCCCCACCCACCUCCACCUCCUCUACCAACGCCCCACGGCUCCUCUCCCAGCAUGCUUUGCUACAGCAGGAGGAUGAAGAAGAGGAAGACGGUUUCCUACUGGUGGAGGAAGAUACGACAGACUCCAGCCUCGUCAUCACCAUGGAGGACAGUCGUCUGCAUGUGAGGACAGUGAAGAAGAGAGCAGUGAGGAGGAAACGAAACAAACAGGAGGAAGAUGAAGCAGGAGUGGGCGGGGCUUCUGAGAGUGAUGAAAAGAUGGAGGAGAUGGCGAUAGACAGACAGCUCGACCAAUCACUGGAGACUAAGUCGAAGCAGCACAACCUGACGACGGUGAACGUCAAGAACAUCAUCCAUGAAGUGAUCACUAAUGAACACGUGGUGGCCAUGAUGAAAGCUGCCAUCAACGAGACGGAGGCGGUCCCUGCGUUUGAGCCAAAAAUGACUCGAUCGAAGUUGAAGGAAGUGGUGGAGAAGGGCGUGGUGAUUCCAGCCUGGAACAUUUCCCCCAUCAAGAAGAGCAGUGAGAUCAACAAGCCGCCCCAGUUUGUGGACAUCCCUCUGGCUGAAGAAGAUUCCUCUGACGAAGAAUAUCGUCCUGAUGAAGAGGACGAGGACGAAACCGCUGAAGACACGUUCCAGGAGAGCGACAUGGAGAGCACGGCCUCGUCCCCCAGGGGGAGCCGACUGAGCCGGGGGGAGGAGGACAGCUGCAGCCCCUGGCAGGCUUCUCGACGACGAUCCAGGAAACUGAGGAGUCCGUCCGUCUCCAUGGGCCCCCCCCCGGCCCCCCCCAGACCCACUGCUCCCAAGUCAGUGACCGACAGCAGCUUUCUGGAGAAACUUCACGCAGUAGAAGAAGAACUGGCAGUGUGUAUGGAACCAUACCAGCCACUGUCAGAGUCGGAGGAGGAGGUGGGCCUGAUGGCGUACAGAACCCGCUCCAAACGUCCGUUACGUAACGUGCCUCUGGGUCAGCUGGAGGCGGAGCUUCGAGCUCCUGACAUCACACCUGACAUGUACGACUCCAGCUCCACCCCCGAGGACAGGGAGUGGACUGAUUGGCUCAGGAGUCUGAUGAGCUCAGAGAUGGACAACGAAGACGACGACGACGACGACGACCCAGAAUACAACUUUUUGGCCGAAGUCGAUGAACCAGAUUUUGAGGAUUACCGUGACGACAAGGCUGUCCGCAUCACCAAGAAAGAAGUGAACGAGUUGAUGGAGGAACUGUUUGAAACGUUAAAAGAAGACCUGGCAGGACAGGAAGUAGAAGAUGAAGGCCAUGAGGAGGAAGAGGAGCCGCAGGAGGAGACACAGCACACUGUUGAGGAGCAGCACAUAGCACUGAACGAAGCUGAGGAGAAUGAACCAAUCACAGAGCUGCGUACUGUCAGGCAGCAGCUGGACUGGAUCAGGAGGAGAGGACACACACACACGCAGGCCACGCACACACCUGAAGCACACACACUGAGGCUGAGUCUGACACAGAGGGGACGUCUGGAGCAGCAGCUGCAGCAGCAUGUCCAGCUCCUGACUCAGAUUCACUUGUUGACGUCACCGGUGUCCAAACUUCAGAGUGAAGCAGAGUUGACCAGACACUUCCUGGUGGAGCUGGACUUCCUGUCCCACAGAGCUGAAGUCCUCAUGUCCUCUGUAGCUCCAGGUUUUCACAGCAGCUUCAGGUCCUCCAACCUGCAGGGGGCGCUGCAGCUGCUGGAGGAGCUCAAACUCUGCCCCAUCAGCUGCCAGAGCAAGGCCCGCCCCCCUGACGCCAGAGGAUACAUGCGUGUCCACCCCCUCCUCCCCCCUCAGCUGGCCUGGAUCUUCUGCACUCGCCCCGUCUUCCUUUACCCAGAGCUGCUGCCGUGUGUCAGUCUGGACCCUGCUCUGUACUGCCCCCGCAGGACGGCAGCGUUCACUGCAGCAGAGGACUGUCUCCUGGUCCUCGGCCUCAGGAACAUGGAAGGUUCUAGUGAUCCAGCUAAACUUCUGUCCCACUUCCUGUUGAGGAAAACCGUGGUUCAGGUCCGACGUCGGAUCCUUCAGUGCUGCCGACCAGGAGUCUCUGACAACAUGGUCAAGGCCUUCAGGUACCGACGUGUGUUGUGGCAGAUGCCGUUAGCCUGUCGUCCUGUGGAUCCUGCAGAUCAACGCCCUCCAGUGGAGAGGGAGGAGAAGGUCAUGCCCCUGUGGCUGGUGCGGAGUCUCCCCGUCAUCUGUCCCACCAUUCAGCGGUUCAAUGCUGCUCCUGGCCCCGCCCCCGCGGCCGCGGCCACGCCCCCCGACCAUCCUCACAGUCACUACAGCUUCCCCCCAGGUACCAGGUACCCUCCGCGCCUCCCCAAACACCUGCACUUCAGACGCGUGGGCUUCGUUGUCCUGCCGGAGCCCCUCCCACCUGCUUCCUCUGACCCCGCCUCCCCGGGGUCAGGAAAUGACAUCAUCAUAACCUCCACUUUUUCCAUGGCAACCUCUGAGAAAAUCCUUGCUCAUCAUCGAACACUCACGGGACUGAGGAGGAGCAAACGGGAUCUGAAGCUGAUCGUAGGCGGAGGAGUCAGACGUAAUGAGGAGGUGCCGACUCCUCCACCUGCAGCUGCUGAAGAGGAGGAGGAGGAGGAGGAGGAGGAGAAAGGAGGAAGUAGGAAAUCAGAGGAAGAGGAAGAGAGUGAAGUUCUCCUGGCUCUGUCUGAGUCAUCCUCCAGUUCUGCAGGAAGUGUCGGCCAUGAUGAUGACAUCACUGAGUCUGAGAGUGAGGAGGAAGGAGGAGUCAGAGAAUCUGUCCAGAAGGAAACUCUGUGGUCAGGAGGUUGUGAGGAUGAUGACGGUCAGUCUGAGUCCGAGGCGUUUGCUCAGGAUUAUCUGAAAAGAGUGUGUGAGGCGGUGCAGGAUUGUCCUGGCGUCCUGGAUCAGCUGCUGCAGGUUCUGGAUCACUUCUCCACCAAUCAGCUUCCUCAGGAGGCGGAGCUUCUGUACCACAGACUCAGCGUUUUACUACGACCGUGGCCUCAGCUGCUUAAAGACUUCGCGGCCUUCCUGAACCAGGAGCAGGCGCAGCGCUGUGGGCUGCUGACGGAGCAGCAGAUGUUUGAGCGCAGCCGACGGUUCCUGCGUCGACUCAGUCAGAGGCUGGGUGAACAUUCCGCCCUCCACCAGCAGGUGGUGUCGACGCUGCAGAGAAGCCCCACCCUUCCUCCUGCUGACAUGGAUAAGAUCUCCUCUCUGCUGCAGCCUCACCCGGAGCUUCAGCAGCUGUUCCAGCAGCUCCACGCCACCGACACCCUCCCCUCCGUUACCCACAAUCCUCCACGCGGGAGUCUGGAGUGUCAGACCUGUGAAGCGAAUGAUACUGGAAGUGAAGCAGAGGAAGAGGAGGAGGAAGUCCUCACCUGGACACGAGAAGAGGACCGGGUCAUUCUGAAAGCCUGUCAGCAGACUGGAGCCAAUCAGAAGACCUUCACACGGGUCUCCGCCCUCCUGGCUAACAGGAGCGCCCACCAGGUGUGCCGGCGUUUCCGUGAUCUGAUGAGUCUUUUCCAGAAGUCUACUUCCUGUUCCUCAAACGGACGGCCAAUCAGCAGAAAGGACGCAGCUCCAGACUAAAUGCUGCACCAAUCAGAGAUGAGACUGUUCUUAAAUAGAGUUCAGGAUUUAAGCAGUUUGGACCUGGGUCUGGAGGUUCUGGGUCUGGAGGUUCUGGGUCUGGAGGUUCUGGGUCUGGAGGUUCUGGGUCUGGAGGUUCUGGGUCCAGGAGGUUCUGGGUGAAGGCUGACGUUGAAGCUCCUGUGUUGUUAUUUUAUUUAUUGUCACCUCUGACCUUGGGCGGAGUCUUCGGGGGAGCAACGGUAACGAUGAAAUUAUUUUUUUACUGCGACAAAAACAUUUCCCAGAAUGCAUCAGUAUUGACUCAGAAUGUAAUGGACGAAGACGAUCAGGCAGAAGAGCUUGAAUCUUUGAAGACGUUUCAGUCUUUUAAUAAAAUGAAGUUUGUCCUCAUUAA